AUGUUCAACCGAAGCGAAAUCUUAGAUAGUCAAAUCCGUUCAUCUGUACAAACUCCAGUCGAUCAUGGCUCUCACGCUGCUAGGCUUAAUUUCCCUCUGGGCUGGCUUGGGAAAGAAAGCGGUGACUAUAUACAAGUUGACUUUGGCAGAAGGGCAAGCAUUACGGAGAUAUGGAGUCAAGGUGCAGGAGACGGCUCUUCCUGGACUAGAAAUUUUACUGUUGCAAUGAGUAACGAUGGAGUGAACUUUCUUGAUUACAAAGAGUAUGGCGCGCGCAAGGUUUGUAUUUUAUUUAAUAUACUGUAUGUUAUAUAUUUAGUGCUGAAAGGUUUUUGUAAAUAGAAAAUUCGAGUGUAAAUUUUAUACAUCUUUAGACCUAACCUGGAGCAGCUCCGGAAAAUGAAACUGUGUUUACCUUGGCAGGAAUACACUCGAAAUUUCCAUGCACGAAAACCUUUCAACAUUUCGUUUCCAACGUCGAGUGAGAUGCCGGUGUUCCGGUACUAAUUCCGCUCAGCUAUUUGCACCCGGCGAAAGGAAAGCAUUAGCGAAGUCUGAAGUUCAUGAAUAAUCGAUAUAUUAAUUUUUAUUAUAUUAAAAUAUUCAAAUGAGGAGGAAAGCAAAUUUAUUUUCAUGCGAGAAUUAGGAAUGAUUUCAUUUCAAACUCAAAGUUUAUCGAUAAGAGGCAGUCUAAUUUUACGUUUUAUGAAGCGUUUGUGGUUAAAUUUUACAUUACUUUGAAGUUUAUAUUACGUAUUAUACUAUAAUAACGUAUCUAACAUACAUAUACUUUGGGAAAUUGAUAAUUUUGUAAUUAGAAGUGAUCUUUUAGGGUUUUUUUUUCAAAGUUAAAAAUAUAAAUAAUAUAAAAUGAUCGUGCUACUUCAUGCUUGGAAAAUGCAUGCAUGUAUCUCUAGUAUGUAUUUAAAGUGGCACUCGCGUCAAAAUUUUUAUUUUUUUAAACGUAAAUGCUCUUAAAACUAUAUAGUAACUUGUUUUGAAGAUUUUUGUUCCCAUGCUUAGUUCUUGAGAUAUUUCAUUUUAUUUGUAACCAUGUGACGUCAUUGACUCAUUACAUAUAUAAUGAGAUAUCAGUAAUUGUUGUAUAUCUUUGCUAUUUUUUAUCAAACUUUUUCCAAAGAUGAGCCGCGUUUGCUAAUUUACAUUAAGCAUAAUGGUUUUUUAAAUAAAUCCACCAAAAAUAACAAAGAUAUGUAAAUGAGUCAAUAACGUCACAUGGUUACAAACAAAAUGAAAUAUCUCAAGAACUAAGCAGGGAAAAAAAUCUUCAAAACAAGUUACUAUAUACAGUUUUAAAUUAAAAGCAUUUUCGUUUAAUUUUAAAAUUUCCCACGCGUAAUACAAAAUAACUGAAAAUUGCACUGUAUUACAUUUUACAACAUUUCGCAACGAAACUUUGGAAAAUUGUUAAUUUUGUGAUGCUCUUUAAUAAAAAUUUUGACGCGAGUGACACAUAAUAUGAACAGUAGUUGUUUGGCCCAUAUUUGUUGUCAAUCGUAAAAAUUGCCCAAACGAAGUUAGGCAUUGCUUAAACAUUGCGUGAGUUGCGUAAGCCUUGGUAUUUAUUCAAAAUGUAGUAUGCAUUUGCGCUUGUAGUGCACUUGAUUUGCGCAUGCGCGAGAGCACCGCCUUGUAGUACAACCAUAGCUCAGUAGUCAGUGCGCAUGCACAGGAACUAAAAAAUUGCGAACAAUUAAAUUUUUUUAUUCAGAACAGAAACUCGACUUCCAAUUAUUCAUUCGAUAUAAGUGAAACAAACAUAAAAUACAGAAAACGGGUAUGCUAGACCUUAAUCAUAAUUCCUCUAACAUUUAAAGUAUAUAAAGAAAUACAAAUGAAAUAAAAUUGAAUUUCGCAAUUUUCUUUGUUUUUGUUUUGAUUUAAACAUAGACUUAUCACUCUGAGCAACAUUUCGAUACUAUUAAACGAAGCAAUAAAAGUUUGGGUUUGUAGUGGUUUUCUAAUGUAGUGUUUAUAGUAAUUUUACCUGCUGCAUGGCAGUUGGCCCUUUCAUUGCCUAAUAACAGAAUACUAUUCCGUUUCUUAUCAUGUACAACUAUUUUAAAUUAUGACAUUUUCUUUUUUCAAGACCUUCUUUGCCAACAUUGAUCAUUCUUCUAUUGUUGUCCAAAAACCGUUGCAUGUGAUCUUUGCUCGUUUUAUACGAAUUAUUGUGGAUCACUUUGUUAAUCGUCCUGGCUUGAGGCUUGAAUUCUUGGAAAGUUUAGUGG